CUUCCGUCUUCCAUUUUAUGAGGUGCUUUGCCACGACCUCUUGGAAAACGGUUAUCAUUACACGUUCACUGAGCUCUUCGAACUUCAUCGCAUCCAGGCUGAGGCACAGCGUCAUGCUGGUCCUGACUCGACGCUCUGGCAGAGACCGCCGCUUUCAGAGCAGCGAGACAAACUGUUGUUACUUCGCGACAAUCUAAUUCAGGCAGAGGCGGCAAUGCGACGUCGUGACGACCAUUCCGUUUUCAGCGCGUAUGUCCGUCUGGCGGUUCAAUUUGCCAAGUCGCCUGAUGACAUUUGGCUCCGCGAACACUUUCUACGCUACGCCCUGAGUGUGGCCGAGAGGAUCAAGGACGAUGAUGGCCUUAAGCAGGCACUGGCCUACCAGUAUUAUGGCCUGGCCAAGGAGGAAAAGGGUGAGCGUAGUCGGGCACCCCAACUUUGUGAACUUGAGAAGGCCUGUGCCAAUCUUGCAGAAUUCUACAAGGCCUGCCAAGGCAAGGAUUGGGUCGACGAUGACGGAACUCUUCUUAGCAAACUGGCCGCCAGACACCUGGUUCGCAUCUUUCUGACAAGAGUGGAUAAGUGCGAUCCCCAGCACCUUUCCGAUCGGAUUGAGCUGUGCAAGCGAGCCCAUGAAAUUGCCCAUCACUGUGAGUUCUUUACAGACUAUCUUCAAAUAGUGUGGCAUGACUGGAUUUCGAAGAGAAAGUUGGUUGGAAGGAAUCUGUGA